CAGCCUUUGUACCCCAUGUUAGGGGCCAAAGAGCGUCUGGCUGAAGCCUGCUCAACGUGGGAGGGGAUGGCAGUCCAGUCUCAUUCUGCCGCUACAAAUGAGCUUUGGCCUUCAGCCCCUGUGGAGAACAGAGACGCUCCUCUGCCGUUCUCGCCUUGGACGGCGGACAAACACCCGGCAUCUGAAAGAGAGAGACACCUGGAGCGACUGGUCUUCAUGUUAGUCAACCACACAUCGCACACUGACCUCAAAUCCCCUGUCAGCGAGUGCCCGCUCUGUGAAAAGUCUCUUUCAGAAGUGUUAAUAUCAGGAGGUGGCCUGCAGGCUUAUCUUCACAACACCCUCUCCAUCCCAUUGACCAGAUCCCCCACUGCCAGCGACAUGCCCUUUGGCUUCAGGGCGCUAGGCAGCUACGGUAGAGCUAAGGACCGUAGCUUUGGCUGCAAGGUGUGUGGAAAGGUGUUCAAGCGCUCGUCCACCCUGUCCACACACCUCCUCAUCCACUCAGACACACGGCCUUACCCCUGCCAGUACUGCGGGAAAAGGUUCCACCAGAAGUCAGACAUGAAGAAACACACCUUCAUACACACAGGUGAGAAACCACACGUGUGCAAGGUGUGCGGUAAAGGAUUCAGCCAAAGCUCCAACCUCAUCACCCACAGCCGAAAGCACAGCAGCUACCGGCCGUUCAGCUGCCACCGCUGCAAGCACAGCUUCCAGCGCAGGGUUGACCUACAGCGCCACCAGCAGAUGCAGUGCAGCUAUGAAGACAUCUACACUCAACAGUCCAUGAAGCAAUGA